GCGUGCACUAAAAUCGAAAAGCGAAACAGUUCGACCAAAGAAAUCAAAUAUUGAACCUAAAGUACUUGCGAUAGUUUGUUGAACCAGAUGAAAACCGGAAAUUACUUGUAUUGAAUCAGUGUGAGACCAGAAGGAAAUUUUUCGAAAUUGUGACGAAAAAUAAAGUUUUGAAGUAAUAAAAAAAAUGCUCAGAAACUAUUACGAUUGAAAGAAAAUUGUUCCGGCUUGAAACAUCCACAGUGUCAGUUUGAGUGAAAAGAAUAUAAUUUUCCAAGUGUUAACAUUAAGAUAAAAUGCUUCUGAGCAACAGCUCCACUGAAGCACAGCAACAACAACGAACCGCAUCAGCACCAUCGUCGCAAGCCCAAUUUAGAAAAGAAAAGCUGCACGAUAAUCAACAGCACCAGAGUCAACAGGAAAGACGAAAUUUCGGCAACAAUAAUAAUAACAACAACUACUACUACCAUCACGAAAAGCAUAAUCUGAAUUAUUUGCCCGCUAACGUGACACAACAGGUCCCGACACCAGCGUCAGCAUCAGCAUCAGCGAAAUCCACACCCACCACCGCUGCCGCCGCCGUGGCAGCAGCCGCUGCAGCUGCCACAUUGUUGUUAAACCAAUCUGGCGUUUUCGCAACAACUGCCGACGCGGCAACUAGAACAGCGACAGCUACCACAAAUAUCAUCAACGGUAAUUCCUGUGUCGGCGCCACGGAUUUCUCAAUCGCUGCGAUAAUGGCGCGAGGCGCGAACGCCUCGAGCCGCGAACCCUCCGAAAGGAGUUUGAGUCCACUUUCGGUGGAACCCUAUCCAGAGCCAGACGAUGACGUCGAUGUGGACGUGGACGUGGUCGACUGUAGUGACUCCGAGUCGCCGUCGGGGCGCGCCAUGCGUGCCCAUCACCGUCAUCAGUUGCAGCAACAGCACCUGCCACAGGCGCACCACAAACUACAACGGCACACGCACCACAGUCAGCAUAGCGCCAGUGUUAGUAACUGUGAUGGCACCGGUGUACAACAACAACAAACGAGGCGUAGCAGCAGUCGGGGGCGUGCUUCACCGCAGAGCCCAAACAGCUCCACCGCCAACGACGAGGACCGCCUGUCGCCGGAGCCCGCGCAGGUAAAACGCAAAUCUGCACCGAAAAUUGUUGGCUCCUGCAACUGUGAUGAGCUGCUUCCGGUGCAGUGUCACCUGGAGACGAAGGAACUGUGGGACAAGUUCCACGAACUGGGCACAGAGAUGAUAAUCACCAAAACGGGGAGACGCAUGUUCCCCACGGUGCGCGUUAGCUUUUCCGGUCCUCUGCGUCAGAUACAGCCACCCGACCGUUAUGCUGUGGUGUUGGAUGUGGUGCCGAUGGAUUCACGACGCUAUCGAUAUGCUUAUCACCGCUCAUCGUGGCUGGUCGCGGGCAAAGCGGAUCCACCGCCACCAGCGCGGCUUUAUCCACAUCCCGAUUGUCCCAUAAGCAUGGAGGCGCUCAGAAAGCAGGUGGUCUCUUUCGAGAAAGUGAAACUAACAAAUAAUGAAAUGGACAAAAAUGGGCAGAUCGUGCUGAACUCCAUGCACCGUUAUCAGCCGCGCAUACAUCUAGUGCGACUCGCUCAUGGGCAGAAUAUACCCACCAACCCGAAGGACCUGCAGGAACUGGACCACAAAACUUUCGUUUUUCCGGAGACGGUAUUCACAGCGGUCACGGCUUACCAAAAUCAAUUAAUCACAAAGUUGAAAAUCGACUCGAACCCCUUCGCAAAGGGAUUUCGUGAUUCUUCGCGUCUGACGGACUUUGAUCGCGACCCCAUGGACUCCUUUUUGCUCGAGCAGCAUCUGCGCUCGCCGCUGCGCUUCUUUCCCGACCCGCUAAUGGCGCAGCUCUCGCCGCAAGAGGCCGACGCCGCGUCGCUGGCAUUUCUGGAGAAGGCGCGUCAGCAUCUGCAAAUGUUUGGCCGUUCGCCGUACACGGAGAUGCUCUUGCCGCAGCUGUACCAGCGCCCGCCUGUGCUGAACGCCUUCAACAUUGGCAUGUGGCAGCAGCAGUGGCCGCAGCUGACCGCCGGCUUCAUAGCGAGCGCCAAUCAACAGGCAGUCGCUGCACAAGCCGCCGCUGCCGCUGCAGCAGCGGCCAACGCAUGCCGCACGCCACCACCGCCCCCGCCAUCGUCCAUUAUGGUUGGUGUGCCACCGCCGCCACCGGCCACUACACCCUCUUCAUCCGGUUCGGCCUCGCCGGAUUUGCGUAUAAGACACUUUCAGCGCUACAGCCCGUAUCAGGUGCCGCAUCCCCAGCAACAACAGCAACAAGUGCCGCAGCAUCAGCCGCCACUAACGCGCUCGCCUCCACUAUGAGGAGCGGUCUGAAGAACGCGGGGAUUUAAAUGUGCAAUCUAAUAUUUUGCUUUUAAUGUCAACGGAUAUUGAUCUGCUAUUUGGCGUUGCCAGCUUGAAAGGAAGAAAGGAAGUGAUUAUGGAAUUGUAGAAUAUUUAGAUGUGCGUUUGCAGUAUUAAAAUUAUUCAAAUUAGGCAAUUGCGAUUAUGAUUACGUAAUGCAAUGUAAAAAUGCUAAUUCAAAUGAAAACUGUUUAAUUUAUUGUAUUUGU